AGUUAAAGGCAUCAUCGCAGCCAUUAGAGGGAAAAGUUGCGGCGCGGCGAGCCCGGUGAAGUCCUCCAGCCCGCCCCCCUUGCCCACUCCCCACUUCCCUAGCUGGCUCGGCGUUUAGGGAGGGCAGUGAUCACGCAAGCCGGAGCAGCGGGCUGACGUUGGACGAGCUGCCAGGUAGCUGAAAGCAGGCAGCGAAGCAGCGGAGGCGCUUCCCCGCGUUACAAGCCCGAGUGUGGACUCGAAGCCUCUCCGAAUCCGAGCCAGCUGGUUUUAACCUUCGCGAAUUGCACUCCCCUCUCCCCAGAGCCAGUCCUCGCGGAGUGAGCAGCAGGAUGUUUGCUGGGUCGCGCGCAGGGCUCUGAGACUGAGCCUCUGAUACGUUUGCAUUCCUAUCUUUUUGGGCUUUUUGGCUGUUGGCUACACUGAUGUGACCCCCCCCCCCUUUUGGAAUGAUGGGGAUCUUUUUGGCAUAUGUUGGAUUUGUUUUCUUUUCCGUUUUAUAUGUUCAACAAGGGCUGUCUUCUCAAGCAAAAUUUACCGAGUUUCCGCGGAACGUGACGGCGACCGAGGGGCAGAAUGUGGAGAUGUCUUGCGCUUUCCAAAGUGGCUCUGCCUCGGUGUAUCUGGAGAUCCAGUGGUGGUUCCUGCGGGGGCCCGAGGACUUGGAGCCCGGGGCCGAGGUGGCUGGUGCGCAGGUGGAGCUGGUGCCCGACCGAGACCCGGACAACGACGGGACCAAGAUCAGUACAGUGAAAGUCCAAGGCAAUGACAUCUCUCACAAGCUUCAGAUUUCCAAAGUGAGGAAAAAGGAUGAAGGUUUAUACGAAUGCAGGGUGACCGAUGCCAAUUACGGAGAGCUACAGGAACACAAAGCCCAGGCCUACCUGAAAGUCAACGCCAACAGCCAUGCCAGGAGGAUGCAGGCCUUCGAAGCCUCGCCCAUGUGGCUGCAAGAUAUGAAGCCUCGCAAGAAUGUCUCCGCGGCCAUUCCCAGCAGCAUCCACAGCUCUGCCAACCAGCGAAUGUACUCCACCUCCAGCCCUCAAGCGGUAGCCAAAAUCCCCAAACAAAGUCCACAAUCAGCAAAGAGCAAAUCGCCUGUAAAAUCUACGGAGCGGACAGCAAAGUUGACCCUAAACUCCAAGCACCACUCUGCACCCACUGUUCUCUAA